UUCUUCUUCAUCUCCUCUUUCAAGUUUCAAGUGUUGGACAUUUAGCAAAUUUUCUCAGAGCAUUGCUUACGAUCGUUGUCUUCUCUUUGCUACAAAAAAAAGGUUAUAAUGAUGAAGAUCGACUUUAGUGGGCUGCAAUCGACUGCAACAUCUUGUGGCCCAAACAAUGAAUUGUUUGAUGGGAUUUCAACUGCCCCUUCAUUCCAGAUUCCGGGCACUACUGAUUUUGAUGGAUUUCAGAAAGAAGCUAUCCAAAUGGUGAAGCCGGCGAAGGGAACCACCACUCUUGCUUUCAUUUUUAAGGAUGGUGUAAUGGUCGCUGCUGAUUCUCGUGCCAGCAUGGGAGGCUAUAUCUCAUCACAAUCUGUGAAAAAAAUCAUUGAAAUUAAUCCUUAUAUGCUUGGCACGAUGGCUGGAGGAGCUGCUGACUGCCAGUUCUGGCACCGAAAUCUGGGCAUCAAGAAUUUCCGUUACUGGGGCUUUCAAAGUUGCUGGCGAAAUAUUCUAUAUUCUUAUCGGGGAAUGGGUUUAUCUGUUGGAACCAUGAUUGCUGGAUGGGAUGAAAAGGGUCCUGGCCUGUAUUAUGUGGACAAUGAAGGAGGCCGGCUGAAGGGAACAAGAUUCUCGGUUGGAUCUGGUUCCCCAUAUGCUUAUGGUGUAUUGGAUGAUGGGUGUUUGAACAAAACAGGCUCUUUCAUUCCUGUCCAUUCAGGAAAAGGGCUUAAAGAGAAGGGAGAGAAAAGAAGGGGGUUGAAGAAGCGGCAGAGUGGUAGACGAGCUAUUUAUCAUGCAACAUUCCGAGAUGGAGCCAGUGGUGGAGUUGCUAGUGUUUAUCAUGUGGGACCUGAUGGAUGGAAGAAGCUAUCAGGCGAUGAUGUUGGAGAGCUUCACUACAUGUAUUAUCCUGUUGAACCAACAGCAGUGGAACAGGAAAUGAUUGAAGUGUCUGGGGCCUGA